AUGCUCUUGCGCGCCUUGCUACGACCUUCCACCUUGCUCCGAACAACGCCUGCACUACACCCAACACUCCGUCCUUGCAAGACAUCUUUCCGACCGCAUCAGCGCCCGUUCACCAUGUCCGGAGCAGCCCCUGCGCCCGCCCAAACCGCUGCUCCGACCGCCGAGCCCAAGUUGUUGCUCGAUGAAGCCUCGGGAGAGAUGGUGUCCAAGAGGUGAGCAACGGGUCGGGUGUAGGUGCGCCUCCUCGUGAUGCUGACCGACGGCAAUAUCGUACAACCCCUGCAGCGAACUAAAGAAGCGUAUCAAGGCGAGGGAAGUCGCGGCCAAGAAGGCGGCCAAGGUACGCCCACCUCCACCUCCACCUCCACCGCACACGCUUCAAUCUCUGUUCAAUUCCAACACACGCUCGGCAUCCCUCUCACAGGUCGCUGCUGCGCCCCCCGCUCCCGUCAAGGCCAACAAGGACGGCGACGACGCCGAGGCCGCUGCCGACGCCGAGGCAGAGCUCACCCCGAACGUAGGUCAUCUUGUGCGAUCUACCCCCCAGUCCUUGUUCACCGGACUGAUGGUAUUCUCGAGAAGUCGACUACAGCAAUACUACGAGCUCCGUUCGCGCGCGAUCCAAAAGCUGCGCGCGAUCCCCGACGGCGAGCGCACCUUGACGACCCCUAGCCCGUACCCGCACAAGUUCCACGUCACGAUCUCCCUCCCCGCCUUUGUCGCAAAGUACGCGUCCUUGGUCCCCCACGCCGGCGACCGCCACGACGACGUCGUCGCCAUCGCCGGCAGGAUCCACAACAUGCGCCAGGCCGGCGCCAAGCUGCGUUUCUACGACCUCAUCUCCGAGGGUCAGAGGUGUCAGAUCAUGGCCCAGGCGAACAACGACGACGCACCCGACUCGUUCGAGGGCGUGCACAACAUCCUCCGUCGCGGUGACAUCAUCGGCGUCGUCGGUACCGCCGCGAGGACCAAGAAGGGCGAGCUGUCGAUCAUCCCGACCCAGACCGUGCUCCUUUCGCCCAACUUGCACCAGUUGCCCAAGGAGCACUACGGCUUCAAGGACCAAGAACAACGGCACCGCAAGCGCUACCUCGACUUGAUCAUGAACCAAGAACGCCGCGAGGUCUUUGUCAAGCGCGCGCGCAUCAUCAACUACGUGCGCAAGUUCCUCGACAACCUCGGCUUCCUCGAGGUCGAAACCCCGAUGAUGAACAUGAUCGCCGGCGGAGCGACGGCCAAACCUUUCGUCACGCACCACAACGCGCUUUCGUUGGACCUCUUCAUGCGCGUCGCACCCGAGUUGUACCUCAAGGAAUUGGUCGUCGGUGGUUUGGACCGCGUGUACGAGAUCGGUCGCGUUUUCCGCAACGAAGGCAUCGACCUCACCCACAACCCCGAAUUCUCGAUCUGCGAGUUCUACAUGGCCUACGCGGACGUGUACGACAUCAUGGACCUGACCGAAUCCAUGAUCUCGGGCUUGGUACACCACUUGACCGGAGGGUACAAGAUCGAAUACCACCCCAACGGACCCGGCGGCGAAACGCUCCAACUCGAUUUCACGACCCCCUGGAAGCGCUUCGACAUGAUCCAAGAACUCGAAAAGCAAACGGGGGAAACGUUCCCCACUGGGAAGGAACUCGAUGGUGAAGAGGCGAAUGCGUUCUUGAGGCGCGUGUGCCAGAAGCAUAACGUCGAUUGUUCCGAACCUCGUACGAACGCUAGGUUGCUCGAUAAACUCGUUGGCGAGUUCAUUGAAAAUCAAUGCAUCUCCCCGAGCUUCAUCGUAGGUCAUCCUCAAGUCAUGUCCCCUCUAGCCAAAGGUCAUCGAUCACGUCCCGGUUUGUGCGAAAGGUUCGAAGCGUUCAUCGCGACCAAGGAGAUCUGCAACGCCUAUACGGAAUUGAACGACCCGUUCGUGCAGAAGGAGAACUUUGAGGAACAGAUGAAGCAAAAAGCGCAGGGUGACGACGAGGCGCAGGGUUAUGAUGAGACCUUCAUCGAUGCGCUCGAACAUGGAUUGCCGCCGACCGGUGGUUGGGGUAUGGGCAUCGAUCGGUGAGUUGUGGGUGGAAACGACGGGUGAUGUGGGAUGCGGAAUGGUUGCUGAUUCGGAAUUCGCUUUCGAACGCUUUUCGCAGUCUCGUCAUGUUCUUGACCGAGUCAGUUCAUCAAACCCGCGAACAGUUCACAUCAAACCCGACCUACCUUUAUAACCAUCACUGACAUUUUUGGCCCAUCCCCAACAUCGCACAGUCAAACCAAUAUCAAAGAAGUGCUCCUCUUCCCCGCCAACAAACCUUUACCCAACACCAACGCCGAUAAGGCCACCGCCACAGCCACAGCCACCGCCGCCGUCGUCGUACCGGGAAGUGAACCCGUUACUGUUGCUUGA